AUGAGAGUCGAGGCCACCACUCCAUCUGGCACGACCAUUCGCUGGGGGAAGGUUAAAGACUACUUCACCACCCAGACUGAAUUGGCAAAGUACUAUACGUUGUUCCAAAGAAAGGAAUACGAAUUAACAAACUGCAACAUCGCGUGCUAUAGGCGUAGUGAUCCCGAAGAUCACCUUCGGAGUGCCAGCAGCUACUGGGAAGAUAACUUCAAUCAAAUGCUUUGA